CUCCACUUUCACUUCAUUACACAAAUCCAUUCUCUCUCUUCUCUUCAUUCACAAAACCAAACCACUUCCUCUCUUGCUCUUGAACCAAACCGCAUCAUCAUAUUCUACUCUCUUCUCUCUACUAACCUCCAUUUCCACCAUUAUUAACAGUUGGUCAUCCUUCAACUACUUCAAUGGAAUCUGAAAACGGUGUUGCUGUGGAGAUAGAGAAACGCAUAAUUGGGAUGACAACUAAUAAGGAGAAUACAAAGAACCAAGUUGGAAAUGAAUUAUCCAAAACCAUAGAAGCAGAAUCAGAUUGCCCCAAUUCUAAUGAUGCUGUUGAGGCCUCUAUAACUUGUUCUGCAAGUAAAGCUUCAAAACAUGCUAAGGAAGCAAGUGGUGGAAGAGCUAGUGUUGGUUCCAAGAACAAAAAAUCUUCCAAGGAUAAACCAAUCUUGAAGAAGCUUCCAACUUCAAUCUCUCAGAAACAAAGGCCAACCCUUUCUCAGAGCCUUUCUUUCCCGGCCAAAGCCAAACUCGGCCGCGAACAAGGCAUGCUCAAAAGCUUUGAUGGAUAUCCCUCAAACACUAGGACAAAACCAAAACAUGGAAUUAAAGCGAAGGACGAAAAGCCGAAAACUAACCGGAGGGCCUCAUUGGCAUCCAUGCCUAAUUCAAAAACCUCUGUGUUUGGAAGGACUAUUCCAGUUAGCAAGAAGAACCAUACAACUGAGGCAGCACUACCCGUUGAUGAGAUUUCAAAUCCGGAGAAAACACCAAAACCAAACAAAGAGGAUGAUGAUUCUCAUUCCACAACUUCAAGUGCUACUCCUAGUCAGAAGACCAGUGGUUCUGGAUUUUCCUUCAGAUUAGAAGAAAGAGCCGAAAAGCGAAAGGAGUUUUUCACCAAGUUAGAGGAGAAGAUUCAAGCAAAGGAAGCAGAGAAGACUAAUCAGCAAGCAAAAUCAAAGGAGAAUCAAGAGGCAGAGAUCAAGCAAUUGAGGAAGACCAUGGUAUUCAAAGCCACUCCAAUGCCAAUCUUUUAUAAGGAACCACCUCCAAAAGUUGAACUCAAGAAGAUUCCAACAACACGGCCAAGAUCGCCGAAGCUUGGAAGGAACAAAGAGUCUACUAUGAAGAACAACAACUCAGAAGAAGAAAAAUCUAAUGUGAAAGAGAAGCAGCAGCAACAGAAUGAUUCAAAUUCAAACAAGUCAAAGGGAAAGGGUCAUACUAACAAAGAAGUGAUCUCAAAGAAAGCAAUCACAAGAACACAAAGCAAGGUGCAGUCUCGGGAAAUCAAAGGUACCAAAGCAGCAAGCAAAGGAAGCAGUGAAGAAUGCCAAAACCAAGAUGUAAAUAAUAACAUGGAGCUGAAAUCUGAAACAGAUGUUGCACAGAAUGGUGCAGUGAUAUUGAAUUCGACUGCACCUGAAGUUGUAUCAUAUGUGGUUACCGUGGGAGUGUAGUAAUAUAGUUAUUUAUUUCAUUGUUAAUGUGAAUAAUGGAGUUUAAUUUGCUUCUUGAUUGUGUAAUGCAAAUAAGAGCUGUUUUAUAUUA